AUGUUUCCUCCCCCAUCUAGUAGUCUAGAUAUCGAAGCCCUGAGUGGUAUUCUUGGCUCUAUCUCAAUUGCCUGCUGGGUGGUCGUAUUCUCACCCCAGAUCAUUGAGAAUUUCCGACGCGGGUCUGCUGAUGGGCUCUCCCUUCUUUUUAUUGUUGUCUGGCUUGCGGGCGAUGUCUUUAAUAUUCUUGGAGCAGUGCUUCAGGGUGUACUGCCCACGAUGAUCAUCCUGGCGGUAUAUUAUACACUGGCAGAUAUUGUGCUGUUAGGGCAGUGCCUUUAUUACCGCGGGAUCUGGUUUUCUGGCAAAAAGACUGUAAAGAACGGACAGAACGGGACACUAGAAGAGGGAGAUGUCGACGAAGAAGCACCAACAGAGCGCACGGCGUUGUUGAAUCAAGAGAUUGGGAAUGGGCAUGGGCAUCCCCAACGCACCAUCCAUGUCGACGGCACGCACCUUUCUCCAGUGACUCCCUUUAUCGACGUGGUUCCUACAGGGGACGAAGCUACGCAGGAUGCCCGCCGCUCAUCAAACUCCAACCUCCAAGCUGCGCUCCUCAAUACCUUCGCCAUCAUCCUCGUCUGCGCAGCGGGAAUCCUAGGAUGGUACGUAAGCGCGCGCGUAUCCCACAACAAAAACCCAAACAACGAUGACAACCCGGAAGGCCCGUCCGAUCCGCUCAUAUUCGACUUCUGGGGCCAAGUAUUCGGCUACUUCUGCGCGGUUCUGUAUCUCGGCUCACGCAUCCCGCAACUCCUUCUGAAUUACCAACGAAAAUCCACAGAAGGAGUCUCGCUUCUUUUCUUCUUGUUUGCUUGUAUCGGCAAUCUCACCUACGUACUCUCGAUCUUCGCCUAUUCGCCUGUUUGUCGAUCACCUGUAUGUGAGCUGGGCGAGGCGUCGGCAGUUUAUGGACGGUAUAUACUUGUGAAUUUGUCGUGGUUGAUAGGGAGUGCGGGGACGUUGUUGUUGGAUAUGGCUAUUUUCGUGCAGUUUUUCUUGUAUCAGAAGGAUGACGAUGAUGACUAUUAUUGA